AUGGCCAAAACCCAAAAGAAUAAAGCCACCUCGUUUCAUUUGGGUCAAUUGAAAGCUAAGCUUGCGAAGCUAAAGCGUGAACUGCUCACUCCGAGCGGCGGAGGUGGUGGAGGUGGAGCUAACGUGCUCAGCGGCUUUAUUGGAUUCCCAUCCGUGGCUGCCGCAUACGAAUUCACAACCCUUACUACCGUCCCCGGCCAAGUCCUAUAUAACGGUGCGAAGAUCCAGAUGCUUGACCUUCCUGGAAUCAUCCAAGGUGCCAAGGACGGCAAAGGUCGAGGAAGACAGGUCAUUGCCGUUGCCAAAACGUGUCAUCUUAUCUUCAUCGUUCUAGACGUGAACAAGCCCUUGACGGACAAGAAGAUCAUCGAGAACGAAUUAGAAGGAUUCGGCAUAAGGAUCAACAAGGAGCCUCCGAACAUUAUCUUCAAGAAGAAAGAUAAGGGCGGCAUUGCCAUCACAAACACCGUACCCCUGACCCAUAUCGAUCACAGCGAGAUCAAAGCGGUUAUGAACGAAUACAAAAUCUCUUCGGCAGAUAUAGCAAUCCGCUGCGACGCCACGAUUGACGACUUGAUUGAUGUUCUUGAGGCCCGAAGCCGUUCUUAUAUACCUGUGAUUUACGCCUUGAAUAAGAUUGAUGCCAUUUCAAUCGAGGAGCUGGAUCUACUAUACCGUAUCCCCAACGCUUGUCCCAUCAGCUCGGAGAGAGGAUGGAAUAUCGACGAACUCCUCGAGCUGAUGUGGGAGAAGCUCAACCUGCGAAGAGUCUAUACCAAGCCCAAGGGCAAGAAUCCAGAUUAUAACGAACCAGUGGUCUUGAGAAGCACGGCUUGUACUGUCGAAGAUUUCGUACGUCCCGUCUUCCUCCUCCUUCUCCCGGGUUAUUUUCGUUAUUAA